AUGCUGAACUCUUUUUCAAUCUCAUCAAGGUCACGGUUAUUAAGGGAGGUUCAAGCAAAUGCUGGAAGUAUUCACGAUGGAUGUGGACUAUUUUCCAGCGGGUGGAAUUUAAUCCUUCUUGGCCACCACUUAGCUGGCAAAUCGACGUUGCUUUCAGCCCUGAAAAAUGACCAAUCGCGUAGAGGGAAGGAAACAAGAGCCAGCUUUGAAUACAACUACAUUGACUUCAAGGACUCUGAGAGUGAAAAUCUAAGGCGAAUUUCCACCUGGUCUCUGGAUACUGAUGCUGGUCUCGAUAAACUCCUCCGGUAUGCAUUGAAUUCCCGAACGAUCUGGAACACAUUGGUUCUCAUCUGCGUCAGCUUUGGUGAACCGUGGAAAAUGACAAAAACAAUUGAGAAAAUAUUCGAUUUCUUGGGACAGUAUAUUAGUCAAAUGGAUGGGGUGGAUUUCGAAGAAAUGCAGGACUUACAGAACAGCUUGGAGAGGCACUUUCGUGGGUAUAUUGAUCCUGCCAUGGAGGCCACAACUUCAUCCACUCCAGGACUAGGGAUUACUCAUCGGUUAAGCGUCACUAGGAAAUUCAGUGGCGUUAUGAGGUCAGAAAUUGACGAAUUAAGCGAAGACAGAGCUCAAGAUGAGGAAUCUGAGCCAGUCCACCCACCAAAAUGGAACAAUCUGCAUCCAAACGAUUCUUCAGAUCCAGAUUAUGAACUGCCUCCGCUAGGAGAUGGGGCUUUUGUUAAGAAACUGAGAGUACCUAUUAUUAUAGUAGUCACAAAGAUGGGUAAAGAGAGAGUUGAGGAUGAGCAAUCUGCAUCUAAAAAUGCGUCUCGAGACGGCACAAAUAUUAGUCUCCUUCGAGACUAUCUUUGCCAUCGCCUCUUUGGGGAAGAGUUUUCUACAUCUGCUCAAAACUUAGAAAGCAAGAGCAUAUUUAUACCCGCUGGAUGGGAAUCCCAAGGAAAGUUGAAUACUCUCUCUGAAAGUAUACCAGAGGGAUUACGAAUCUUCCCAAGCAAGCCAACAAUAAAGCAAAGAAUUCAACUCUGUAAUUCAGAUCGAGGUAAUAUUUCUAAUGCGAAUUUUCAAGUUUAUCACGCUUUUGAAGAUGAUAAUACCCUUGUAUCCGGCUUCAUGCCCCCACAUUCUAUCCAUUUUCAAAAGAAGGAAAAAUUUAUUGAAGCAGAGGAGAAACAAGCCUUUCUUUCACGCAUGCUUAGCAAGUUGAAGGCCUCUGAAUCUCGUGGGAAAGUUGAAGGCCGAAGUGAGAGCAAUACACAGGAGGAUUCGGCACCUGAUCAGCGUACACGACGUGUCCUUAGCGUUGUGGACACGGCAGAAACAAGGAGAGUAAAUUUGGCUGGACCAACUCGAGAGAGCAUAGGCGCUGGCGAAGCCUCCGUUUUGAGCACAUUUUUCAAUACACUACUAACAAAACCAGGUGGAGGAACCAGGACAAACGCCCAUGGGAGACAAUCGGAAUACUCCAUUAACAUGGAUAGUUCAGUGCUUAGGAAUCUUCGUUGGCGGACCAGAUUUAUUUCCAGUGGUGUCGAUGCUGAAGAUGCUAAAGUCGAAGAGAGGGAGGAGUCUGAGGAGCAAUCGCAAUGUGAGGAAGGAGGAAGAGGAGGAAGAGGAGAAGGAGGAGGAGAAGAAGAAGAACAGCAACAACAGAGGGGCGAAAGUCCCAUUGAGAAGGCAUCCUCUAUCAUCAUUCUCGUAGACAUUACAGAUCAAAACGAUAUCCAAGGAAGCAGCAAAGGUGAAGUCUCUGGCACUGCGGAGGGGACAGAUUUGAGGAUAAACAGUGAGGAACUGCCAGAGAUGGGAGGACAAGCACCAAGUCCAAUUGAUGAAGUGAAGGAGGAAGACAAAGGAUUACAAGAAGAGGUAGAAUAUUGUCCUCUCAAAGAGGCAGUUGUGGAAGGAGAGCAACAAGGACCUGACACUGCCCAAAAUGACACGCCUCAAUCAAAUGAAGAAGAUAUGCGAAUAGAAAGUGAAGACCGAAGCUCUGUACUAGCUGCCGAUAAUGUGCCAUCAACAAUGGAAGGACAGCAAGAAGUCUGCGACAGCAAUAUUAGUCCUUGUGCAAAUGAGGUAGAUUCGAAAGAAGUGAAUCCAAACCACGAACACACGGUAGAACUAAAGGGUAAACAAGCAUUCCUAAUCAACAUCUGUUUUGGAGAUUUAGCAUACUUAGAAGCAAAUGAAAACUUGGAGAAGAAAACAAGCGAGAACUCAAUUGAGAGUCUUCCGGCUGGCACUGAGGCACCAGGGUUGGAUGAACCCAUUUUCGAAGAUGACCAGAUUUCCGAAACUGGUAAUGGCGACGAAUUAAAUGCAGAUGCUAAAGUCGAAGAGAGGGAGGAGUCUGAGGAGCAAUCGCAAUGUGAGGAAGGAGGAAGAGGAGGAAGAGGAGAAGGAGGAGGAGAAGAAGAAGAACAGCAACAACAGAGGGGCGAAAGUCCCAUUGAGAAGGCAUCCUCUAUCAUCAUUCUCGUAGACAUUACAGAUCAAAACGAUAUCCAAGGAAGCAGCAAAGGUGAAGUCUCUGGCACUGCGGAGGGGACCGAUUUGAGGAUAAACAGUGAGGAACUGCCAGAGUUGGGAGAACAGGCAGCAAGUCCAAUUGAUGAAGAGAAGGAGGAAGACAAAGGUUAG